AUGUUGCCAUCACCUCACCUGCUGGCACUAAUCCAUCAACCUUACCCGCUACCACCUCACCUUCUGCCAAUGAUCCAUCAACCUUACCCGCUACCACCUCACCUGCUGUCAAUGACCCAUCAACCUUACCCGCUACCACCUCACCUGCUGCCAAUGAUCCAUCAAUCUUACCCGCUACCGCCUCACCUGCUGUCAAUGACCCAUCAAUCUUACCCGCUACCGCCUCACCUGCUGUCAAUAACCCAUCAACCUUACCCGCUACCGCCUUACCUGCUGUCAUUGAUUCAUCAACCUUACCCGCUACCGCCUCACCUGCUGUCACUGAUCCCAACACCUUACCAGCUACCGCCUCACCUGUCGCCGCCCCACAUGAUACCUCCCCUGACAACCUACAUCCUAUCCCAACGUUACAUGACGUCAUGCCACUAA